AAACGAAGCCGGAAUGAAUCGUAUCAAUAAUGAAAUCGUAUGAAUCUUUUCUAAGUGACUCUUAUCUAAGUGACUCGCCAAGGCAGUGCUCAGGGGGUGACAUUUAUUCGGGUAAACAGAAUGAAAUCAGUCAGAUGAUAAUAAUCGUCAUUAACAUCGCUUACAUCUACACAGUAUGAAAGAAAAAAAAAAGUAAAAACUUUUCGUAGAAAAGAAUCGAAUCAGAGAGCCGAUUCGCCACAUCACUAGUGGAAAGUGAUUCGGCUCAUAGGUGAUGAAGGUGAUCAGUCAAGUAAUGCAUCAGCUCUUAUCUUUCUUAUCUGUUAUCAUUCUAACCUGGAAUACAGACCAGAUCCUGUACAGUAUUUAUAACAUGUGUAUUACAGUGUAACAGGAACUCUGUAGAUGUUACUGCAGGAACAUGUUCCACAUUACAGACCUACCAUAAUGACACUUGUUAAUGGAUUCGGAGCAAAAAAAAAAACGUUUCGCUUUUUAUUUAUCAUCUGUUUCUUUGUAGGUGUAAAAUGUGGAGGAAUCCUGGCUCCUUCCUCCAGCGGCAACAUCUCCAGCCCGAACUUCCCGGGUCUUUAUCCAUACGACGUUGACUGUUCCUGGUUGAUCGUGGUGUCCGAGGGUUCGUCCGUGCUCCUGACGUUCCACCACUUUGAGCUGGAGUACCAUGCAGACUGCGCCUACGACUACGUCAAGAUCUACAACGGCGUCUCGGAGGACGAAGGCAACCUCCUGGGGAAGUUCUGCGGAGAUGCCACACCGCCUCAGUUCAGCUCAUCUUGGAACAUCAUGUCCAUCAUCUUCCACUCGGACCGCCACGUGGCACGCACGGGCUUCCUGGUGGGAUACAGGAAAGAUACGUGUGGCGGUGUGUUGACGGGAAUCUCAGGGGUAAUCUCCAGCCCAGGUUACCCGCUCGAGUACAGUAAUAACGCAGAGUGCUCGUGGAUGAUCCACGUGUCCAAUCGCAGCGUCGUCACGCUGGACUUCCUGGACUUCCAACUGGAGAAUAACGAAGGCUGUAACUUUGACUACAUCGCGCUGUUCGAUGGACCGACGGUCCAACACCGUCACAUCGGGAACUACUGCGGAAACAAACGACCGCCCAACACCGUCUCCACGUCCAAUCAGCUGCUGGUCGUGUUUAAGUCAGACUUUAAUAUUGGAGGACGAGGAUUUAAAGCUCAUUAUUACUCGGCCGAGUGCCAGAAGGUGCUGAAGGCCAUCAGCGGGAAUUUCACUAGUCCCAGUUACCCCAACAUCUACCCCAACAACAUGAAGUGCCACUGGAGGGUGCAUCUGCCCCCGGGCUACAGGAUCAAGCUGUUCAUCCCACUCAUGGAGCUGGAGGAUCAGAACAGCCUGACCAACUCCUGCGAUUUCGACUCCGUAGCCGUGUACGAUGGUGACAGUGAGACAGAUGUCUCGCUGGGACGCUGGUGUGGGGCUGAAAGGCCUCGGCCUCUGACGUCGAGGGCAAAUAAACUACUGGUGGUCCUGAACACGGACCGGAACGUCGCGUUCAAGGGUUUUUCUGCUUCCUAUACCGGAGUCGUACCGGUGAACGUGAGCUGCACCAGAACCGAGUUUCAGAUCCAGAUCUCCCAGCAGGCUUUGCCGCAGCUGGACCGCGACAGCGUGUACCUCGGAAACCCAUCCUGUUCGGCUCAGAUGACGGCGACGAGCUACAAGAUCCUGGCUCGCUUCGUCAGCUGUGGGACCGCCGGUCAGAAACGUCAGAACGUCACCAUGUUGGUCAACACGCUCUACAUCGACUUCUCAGACGGAAAGCAGCAGAGCGUUCAGGAGUACGAGGUGCAGUGUGAUGCGCAGAGGAAGGUGGCGUCGGUGAGCAUCAUCUCGGCGGAGGAUCGGAUCCGGAUGAACGAACUCGCCCGACUCGCCGAGGAGUCCAAGAGCCUCGAGGGUGCUCAGAGAGCAGAGCCUGAAGCUCACGAGACCAGCGACAUCGUCUUCAUCAGCGUCUGCGUGCUGGCCGUCAUCCUCAUGCUCAUAGCCAUCGUGUGGCUUGUGCUGCUCUAGAUGCUCCGCCUGACCAGUUCUGAUUUCAUCUCGAUCUGUAACUCGGACGUACCGCAGACCGCAGCGGUGUUCUGAUUGGUCGACAGGCGUCGAUUGUUUCUCUCUGACAGAAGCACAAGUUUAUAUUAACGUGCUCGUCCUUAUACGUUAUCGUUUCUAUAGCGACGGCUCGUUCGCAGGGACAAACACCGAAGGAUGUGUAGAGAACAAAGUCCCGAGUGUCAGCGCCUUGUAGAGGUCAGAGUUGAAGCUGGGACGUUAUCAGGACGGACGCGUUUACGUUACUUUGUGGUUUCUCUGUGACGCGUCGAGCCGAUUUAUUUAUUUAUUUAUAUUUAACAAAAAAAAAAAACACUGAGUCACAAAAGCACAUUCAGGUUCAUCCCAAAAUAAACAAAUAAAUAAGUAGGUAAGUAAAUAAAUAAAUAAUCGUUUAUGAUUAAAAAUCCAUUUCUAUUUUAAUGAUCUUAUGGUUUGUGUGUCACGUAUAAAAAGUAUUAAAAGCUGUGGAGCAAAAAUAUAACACGAUAAUAACAAAAAGAUGAAAUAAACCAAAUGCAGAUGAUUAGAUUUGUGUUUGUAAAUAAAAUCUAUAAAUGUGGUUUAUAUUUAAUCUGUUAAAAACUAUUUAAAACUAUGGAAAAUAAUAAACAAUAAAUAGGGCGUGUGUGUAUCUGAUCUGCGUGUGUGUAUGUCUGUAUGCGU